CGCUUUCACAACCCGGAUCUGUCAAUAUUGUGGAAAAUUGUAUUUUCUUUUCAGUCUGAGUCUGGGAUAAGAUGUCCUGGAUUGAAGGAGUGGGGGAUGAGGUGACGAUCAUCCUCUGCUUCACCUUGGUCGUUGGUAUCCUGCUCAUCGCCUGGCUAUCUACAGGUAUCAGAGAAAUUCCAUUCAUCAGUGUUAUAGUGGUACAGCUAAGACGACGAAGACUUAUCGGAGCCCAGCAAGCUCAACCAGCUGGUACAAAUGCUACUGAGCCUGUGCAGCCAAUCUCAGAUCAGGCAACGGGGGACACAAAUAGCCAAACAGAGCAAAGUCAACCUACCGGUGAUAAAGAAAAUGAAGUACCUACCAGUAUAGCAGCAAGUGAAGAAGGUGCUAGUGUUGAAAUUGCAGGUGGAGAGGUAAAAGAGCCUGAAGCAAAUGCUAAUGAAAUAUCUGCAAGUUCGGGUUUAGAGGAAUCAGAAAAUAAACAGUCGAACUCAGAAAAUGAUAAUUUCCAAAGUGCAAUUGAAAAACCUGCAUCAGCAGAGGAGCUUAGGGAAAGGAGACUGGAAUUCCUCUCAGGACAAACUCAGUCAACCCAAAUUGUAAAUAACACUGGCAGUGAAAACACUGAUAAUACAACUGCACCAUCUAGUUCAUCUGUGUCUCAUACAAAGUCCCUUAGCCAACUAGCAUCUAACUUAUUAUCUCAGCAACUUAAUGGUAGUAACGAUUCCAGUAGUGUUGACCAAGAAAAUGUUGAAACUAUUACUUCCUCUACUGGUUCCCAAUCUGUUAGGGAGAGCAGUAAUGCUGGGAGCCAGGCUGGAACAGAAAGUAAUGAAAGAGUGACUGAAAACCCAGAAAUUGCUCCCGGUGAGAUCAGAGUCCGAAUAAAGUUCCUGAAUGAUACACAGAGACUAGUCACGGCACCGCAUGAUGAAACUAUUGGAAGUUUUCGAAGGAGACAUUUCUCUGAAGAGCUAGCUGAACUAAAGCUUGUGCGGUUUAUAUUCAAUGGACGCGACCUUCGUGACGAUUCUUCUACACUACAGAGCAACAACAUUGGUGACAACUGCGUUCUACACUGCCUCGUGACACAGCAACGACAGAAUGAGCAACAGCAACCAGUGGGGGAAGAGGGUGGGAUAGAUAUCGGUCUUCUCAUGUUUCCGCUAUUUGGCUUGAUUCUUCUCAUCAUAUGGUACCUGAGGUUCACCUAUCGCCAGUUCUUCAAUGUGACUUCGACUCUUACUUUAGCAGGGAUCACAUUUCUGUACCUUUUAGCUCUUGGAUCAGUUUUACGACCUGUGAGGCAUCAUGAACACAUUGAUUGAAGCGUGAAAGAUUUGAGUUAUGGUGUAAAUAGGACAGGGUGCUGCAGAAAUGGGACAGGGUGCUUAGGUGGAAAAGGUCACACUGCUUUCGGCUGUGAAGAACUUAAUAUUUCAAAUUUAACAAAAAAUAUGUCAGAAGUUUGCAAGUGUUUUUAAUCCUAUAAUAAGCUUUUUAACAAAACAUUCAAUCUAUUCAAUUAACUUCAUCCUUCAAUUCUAAGUAGGCAGAAGGCACACAUGCUGGUCUACGAGGGCAGAAUGCUGAGAGGGAUGUCACAAAAAAGGGCAGGGUGCAGCAGUCUCCUAUUACUUUUUGGGUUAAAGGGACUCGCUCAUGUAUUGUAAAAUGCAAUUCUUUAUGUGAGGUAAAUCAUUAGGAUUGAUGAAAUUAAGAUACUGGUGGCUGGAACCAUUUAACAAAUGUUGAAACAUGCUCAAAUGAUGUCUUUGAAGUCAACGAUUUUGAAUGACGUGGGUUCGCUUCCGACUUAAACUAGGUUGUUUUUUGUACUUUAAUCGUGUGUUUUUUUCUGCAAUUUCGAUAUCAAAGAGUAAAAUAAGUAUGAUAUAAGUGUUUCUCAGAUGCCUUAUGAUUAUCAUGAAAAAAAAUGUGUGUCCAAAAACAUGAGCGAUUUCCUUUAAAUCCUAUAUGAAUGGAUAACAUAUCUUGGCUGUGGUUUCGGUAGAUAUUUUAUAUCCAACAAAAUGUUUUAUGGGUUGUUUAUUUUAAUAAUGUACUUGUUUGUACACAGAAGAAAUGCCACUAUUUACUAAAUUAUGCAUUUAUGGAAAAUAUUAAUUACUGAAAACAAGAUUGUAAUCAUGUAUUUAAUUGCUAAAAAAGCAUAGAUAUUAAAUGACUGAUUAAGUGAUCAACUAUCGUCUCUUAAGGUAGAAAUACCAUGUUUGCUGCAGCUUUCUUUUUAAAUUAAACACGGUAUCCUUCCUUAUUCAUAAGAACGAUUUUUUUUCGAUAAUAAUUCAUCCUUUUCGGUAAAUUAAUACAAUUGAUUUAAUUGUGGUACAUCUUAUCUGGGAGUAAAAGUGCAUCUUUAAGUUUAUCCAAGAGAAAAUAUAAUACAAUAAUUUUGUUGACACGGCAGGGCUUUUUCAGCAAGAAUACUUUUCUUUUGUAGCUUCAAUUCGAUUCAAAUAUUUAAAAAAAAUAUAGAAUGAAAUAGGGUGAAGAAGUCUGAUAGGGAAAUGGUUUUCUGUACUGGUAUAUUUUAGAUUUUUCUAUGACAAGGAAAUGUUAUCAAAUAAGAAAUUUGGUUUAGUUGAUACUUAUUUGAAAUCACAUGACAUUGUCAGUGGUUGAAAGUUAUCAUCUAUUAUGUCAUGUAGAUAUUGUUUAUAUGGCUGCUUUAUAUGGCUGCUUGUCUUUGGUAGUAAUUAAAUGUAAGUUGGGAUGAUUAUAUAUAACAUGUAAUGAAAAGGUGUUGGUCAAAAUAUCAUUUCCUCUUUAAGUUUUAGGUUUUGUGUUUGCCGGUGUAGUGUUUAUGGAGAACACAUAUCAAUGGCACUGAAUGAAAAACCAGUAAAUGCCAAAUGCCAACAUGGUACUUUUUGGGAGGGACAAAAAUUGAAAAGUGAAAAUUCCGAGCCUGCACUUUUUUGCACAAUGUUGUGGGUUAGUGCAAAACUGAUGUAACACCAUCAAUUUUAUACGGAAUUGAAUCUGUCUUGCACUUAGCCUGCAAAUACUGGGAUUUCAUUCAUUCAAUGCAUUUACAGCCUUUUAUUACAUAGUGAUUUUUUUGCUUUCUGAUUGGCUAUUGUAAUGGGUGUUUUUUCUAAAUAAGCAAUAAAAAAUAAAAAAGUUUUAGUGCCAAAAUGCAUUUACUGGUUUUUCAUCGAAAUAAACAUCCUAAAUAACUUGACUGUUUUUAAUUAUGGGCCCUUGACUGUUUGGAUUUUUGUUACCUGUUUUUAUUUUGAAAUCAUGAAGUUACACAUUUUUCUGUUGUUUUUCUUUGUUGAUUUAAUUUCAAUUUAGUAAAUUUUAUGAAACUGUAAUCUAUGUAUGCAAAGUUUCUGUACUGUUAAAUAAAUGGAAUGAUUUAUCAUGAUUUUUAUCCAUCCCAAUGAGCUGGAUUUUCAAACAAGUCACUGUUUGAUGUAUUAUUUUUAGCUUGUCUUUUUUCGAAGAAUCAAAAUUGUCAUAUAUUUGGUGUCAUCUGCAUUGUUUGAAAUAGACCUUG